AUGACUCAUGAAGUGUUCUGCAUUCAGAUUGAUGUUAGUAUAUCGAGUGUGCAUGAGAGCAGUGCAGCCUUGGAUCCAUCGUGGAACCAGAAUCCGCCCGGGCGCCCAGCCUAUGGGACGGAGCCACUUCACACCAGUAACUACUCGCUGGUGUUGCUUAUUCAGCUCAGCCUGCUCUCCUUUGACCUGUUUGUCAACUCCUUCAGUGAGCUGCUGAGGGAUGAACAAGCAGUACAGCUGGUACUUUUCAUCAUUCAGGACAUUGCCAUCCUGUUGAACCUCAUCAUCAUUCUCUUGAUGCUGUUUAACACAUACGUGUUCCAGGUUGGUCUGGUUGCCAUAUUGUUGGAGAGAUUUAGAGCUCUGCUAAUGCUCUCUGCGCUCUAUCUGACCUUCAGUGUAAUACUCCAUUCCUGGCUCACGAAUCUGCGCUGGCUAAGUACCAACAGAUUUAUUUGGACAGAUGGCCUUCAGGUGCUGUUUGUCUUCCAAAGAGCUGCUUCUGUGCUGUACUACUACCUCUACAAGAGGACCUCAGAGUAUUUGGGUGAUCCUCGCCUCUACGAGGAUUCACCGUGGCUGCGAGAUAUCUUUGAACGAGUCAGACAGUGACCCCAGACAUUUCUCAACAGACCAGUGAUGCCGCAGCGGACAUGAGAUUGGGCACGUGGCAAAUGGGACCAAAGAAAAAUGUCUAAAUGGAAAGUGGAUCUAUGAUAAGGUCUGGUUUGAGUCAUAUUUCACUAUAACGGUACAGGACAGGGACACUCAACAAAUAUAAAAAAAUAAUAUAAUAAAAUUAACACUUUAGUUUUUUGUCCCAUUUUUCAUGAGCUGAACUCAAAGAUGAAAAACUUUUUCUAUGCACACAAAAGACCUUUCUCUCAAAUCUGUCUGAAUCUGUGUUAGAGAGCAUUCAUCAUUGAUGAUUCAUAAUCUAUCUACCUCACGGGUGUAGCAUAUGAAAAUGCUGAUGAUACAGCAUGAUUAUUGCACAGGUGUGAUUUAUGUUGGCCAUAAUGAAAGGCCACUCCAAAAUGUACAGUUUAACUGUAUUGGGAUAGUCCGGAGGGGUCCACCAUUUGCCUCAGAUACCUUAUAUGCCAAUCCAGAGCAUCCCAAACAUGGUUGAGUAUGCUGACCAUGCAAGUACUGGGAUGUGUUCCAGCAAUUGUGUACAGAUCCUACAGAACAUGGGGUCGUGCAAUAUCAUGCUACAACGUGAGGUGAUGCUUGUGGGUGAAUGACAUAACAAUGAGCCUCAUGCUCUCGUCACAGUAUCGCUGUGCGUUCAAAAUGCCAUCAAUACAGUAAAAUGCACCUGUGUUGUGGAUGGAGUGGCCCAUGGUGACAGUGGGGUUAUUCUAUGAGCAGGUGCGUAUGUUAUGGACAACAAACAGGUGUAUUUUAUUGAUGGCGUUUUGAAGAUAGUGAGCAUCUGGAUUGGUGUAUACGGUAUUUGUAUUUGAGCCAAAUGGUGGUCACAUCACUGGUUUUUGGACCCCUACAAAUCCCGCCACCCCCCCAAUACAGUUAUAGUGCACAUUUUGGAGUGGCCUUUUAUUGUGGCCAACCUAAGGCACACCUGUGCAAUAAUCAGGCUGUUUCAUCAGUAUCUUGAUAUGCCAUACCUGUGAGGUGGAUAGAUAGCAAUCAUGAAUGACGAAUGCACAAAUUUCACAAAUUUGUGAAGAAUAUUUGAGAGAUAUACCUUUUGUGUACAUAAAAAAAGUUUUACACCUUAGAGUUCAGCUCGUGAAAAAUGGGAGCAAAAACAAAAGUGCCCCAUUUAUAUUUUUGUUGAGUGUAGUAGGUACAACUGGUAUAACUGGAUACAGUCUUAAAGCCAGCAUUUUAUUUCACACAGGAAAAAUAUGCUUGUGUAAAAUGUGCCAAAAUAUGUAUUUCUUCAAGUGAAGUUUGAAUGUUUGUGUAUUUUCCAGGCACCACAUGUCCUUUUUUGUUUUUUGAAUUCUUACUGCACGCUUUUAAAGGCUGUUUUUCAGUUGUUUUUUAAAAAUACAUUUCAGACUACUAACAUGUCUCUGCAAUGUUAUAUUAAACAGUU